UUCAUCUUCCCCGGGCCGGCGUAGAGCUCGCUAACUUGUCUUAAUUCCAGCAUAGUUGGUUAGCUGACAACUGCUGCUUACCAAAGACAGCUGUUAUGGAUUACACCGCGACUCAAAGUGGCUUCAGACAACGUAAGUUACAACCCAGUAUGCGUCUGAGGAACAGCUCUGUGGAAGGUUCAGAUGGCAGCCAGCUGUUUGAGGACACAAGUGGAGCAGGACCAGGAUCUCAGGGCACCUAUAGGAACCAGCAGGCUGACCCUCAGGCUGCAGGAUUUUCUGGUCAGGCUUUCCUGUCAGACCCCAUGUCCAACCUGGCCAUGGCGUAUGGCAGCUCACUGGCAUCUCAGGGGAGGGAAAUGGUGGACAAGAAUUUGGACAGGUUUAUUCCCAUUUCCAAACUGAAAUACUACUUUGCUGUUGACACAAUGUAUGUUGGGAAGAAACUUGGCCUGUUGGUUUUUCCUUACAUGCACAAGAAUUGGGAGGUGAGUUACCAGCAGGACACGCCUGUCGCCCCACGUUUUGAUGUCAAUGCCCCGGACCUUUACAUUCCUACCAUGGGCUUCAUCACAUACGUCCUGGUGGCUGGACUGGCUCUUGGCACACAGAACAGGUUUUCUCCGGAGCUGCUGGGAGUUCAGGCCAGUUCAGCACUGGUGUGGUUGAUCAUGGAAGUCCUGGCGGUGCUGUUAUCACUUUACCUCRUCACUGUAAACACAGACCUCACCACCAUCGACCUUUUAGCCUUUUCUGGAUACAAAUAUGUAGGAAUGAUUGUUGGUGUUGUAGCAGGGCUUUUGUUCGGGAGGCCAGCCUAUUAUCUCUCUCUGCUGUGGUGUUGUGCAGCUAUAUUUGUCUUUAUGAUCCGCAGCCUGCGUCUGAAGCUGUUGUCUGAGGCGGCGGCUGAAGGGAAGCUGGUGAGAGGAGCCAGGAACCAGCUGAGGAUGUACCUCACCAUGUCUAUAGCUGCAGCGCAGCCCGUCUUUAUGUACUGGCUCACCUACCAUCUCGUCAGAUAAAAGCUACAACACGCUCCUCUGUGUAGAGAAUGAACUUGGCUGUCUGCAUGUCGUUCUCAGCCUGUCAGGAACAAACACAACCCCUCCACACUCAAAGACUGAAUCACUCAGAACACAAGCAACAAGACAGUAGAGAAGAGGUAAAACAUUUACUACCUUUUCUCACAGCACAGCCUUGUUAAGAUUGCCUUUUUUAUAUUUAAUGUCUUCAACAUUUGUAGCAAGUUGCUUUACAUUUUUUUGUUUCUAAAUUGUGUAAUUAAAUGUUAAGUUUUUUUUUUAUAAAUAUUUAUGUACGUUUGUGGAUAGUUAAACUAUUGUCUCUGAUUUUGUAUUUGGUCUGAUAUUUUUAAGCCAAUAGAAAGAAAGCACAUUAAUCUGUCACAAACUGGACACUUGAUGUUGUGAAGGAACUCGGAUCUGGAUUAAAACCCGAUCAGCUGGUUCUGUCUGAUAAUACUGUCACAGUUGGAUCUGGAGACAAAGUUUGUGAGUGUAGGAGUAAAAUCCCCAGUUUUAAAAUGUUUAAUCUUUUCUCAUUAUAUGUGCAAAGCUUUUCUGCCUGGCAUUGUUUGAACAGAAAUCAGUUUUAUGGAAGGGGUGGGGGCGUUAGUUGUGAACCUGAACAGCUGCUUUUGAUAUCCUUUUAGAAAUGAAGUUGACUGCUACUCAGAUUCAAAGUCAGAUGAAAUAAAAAGACAAAAAUGUGAAUUUAUUGUGCAAAACUUGUUUGAAGUCUUUAGGAAUUGGAAACACUGUAAGUUGAUGCAGCUUUGCUUCGUGUUUGUAGCUUUCAGCCGCUAUGUUUGUUGCUUCAUAUUUCAGUGUAAAUCACAAAUGAUUUUAGAAAGAUACAAAAUUUAGCACUUUCUCUAAAACGGAUGAAACAUUAGCUUUGUUACUCGUGUGUAACUCAAGCUGUUUCCAUCCAGUAAGGACCUCUUUAAAUAGGACACCUCCUUAAAGAUAAAUCAUUACUUUAACCACUAUGACAUUUGAAACAGUUUGUACUUGGUGUCACGGUUGACUGAAAUCUGAAGCUGAUCAAUCCACUGAAAUGUUGGGACUGAUGAAUAAAGUGAUGAUGAUGAUGA